UUACAAUUUCCUCGGUCUUUCCUUUCUCUUUUACUUUCAAUACCAAUUUUGACUCCCUCAAGCGUUUGCAAAGCACUCGCUUCAUCAUCAAAACCACACUACUCUUCCCCUUCCAAGCUAGGGUUCGAAACUAGGGUUUUUCAUUCUUCCUCUGUAGAUCUCCAACAAUGGGAUCCCUAUUCAGCAAGAAAACUGGGGGAAGCAGUAACGGAAGCUCCCAAUCGAACCCCAAUUCAAACCACUUCACUCCCGAUCUCAUCACCUCCUACGAAGCAGCUUGUGAGCUCGAUCCAGACCUCCAAUCCUUCGAUUCGAGCCUCCAAGAGCGCACCAGCAGAGUCAUCUCCACCCUCGCCGUCGGCGUCGAGGUCCGAUCACUCUCCCUCGACUCCCUCCGCGAAGUCACCGGCUGUUUGCUCGAGAUGAACCAGGAAGUCGUCAAAGUCAUCCUCGAUUGCAAGCAAGACAUUUGGAACAACCAAGAGCUCUUCGAUCUUGUUAAACAGUAUUUUGAGAACAGUCUAUUGACUCUGGAUUUCUGUACUGCUCUCGAGAAAUGCCUCAAGCGAGUUCGAGAGAGGCAAGUCAUCGUUCAAGUUGCGUUGCAGCAAUUCGAGCUCGAACAACAACAGAGGGAAGGAAUCAAUAAUAAUAAUGACGACUGUUUCUCCAAAACAUUGCAGGAAUUGAAGAACUUCAAGGCGGCCGGGGACCCUUUUACAGAGGAGUUCUUCUCUCUGUUUCAGUCUGUUUACAGGAAUCAAAUUUCGAUGUUACAGAAGCUGCAAUUGAAGAAGAAGAAGCUCGAUAAGAAAUUAAAGUCCUUGAAGUCGUGGAGGAAGGUUUCGAGCGUUAUAUUGGCAGUUGCAUUCGCGGCUGUUUUGAUUUGCUCGGUCGUGGCGGCGGCAGUUGCAGCGCCCCCGGUUGUGACGGCUUUGGCAGCUGCGGCGGCAGUUCCGCUAGGAACGAUGGGUAAAUGGUUUGAUUCUCUUUGGAAUAAGUAUGAGAAUGAAGUGAAAGGAGAGAGGGAGAUCAUUAGUUCAAUGCAAAUUGGGACUUAUAUUGCGAUUAAAGACUUCGAUAGCAUUCGGGUUCUUGUGGGUAGAUUGGAAAUUGAAAUGGAAUCUCUGUUGCAGAAUGCUGAUUUUGCUCUUCAAGAAGAGGAAGCAGUGGUUUUGGCAAUUGAUGAGAUCAAGAAGAAACUGAGUGGGUUUAUGCAAACCAUUGAUGAUUUGGGUGAGCAUGCUGAUAAGUUCAGCCGCGACAUUAGGCGGGCGAGGACAGUGAUUUUGCAAAGGAUUAUCAAAUAUCCCACCAACAAUUGAUAUACAACUUUGUUUGUGAUUUGUUGUACAAUUUGAGCACAUUGUGUGGCCAUUUUACCUCAACCAGAACCCUUUGUGCGGAUAAAUUUAUCAUAAAAAAGAGAGAUUUUUACUGUAACAGGCCAUUGUAGAGUUGAUAUUUGUCUUUAAUUAAAAUGGGAUUUUCUUGGUAGCUUCAAUAGAUUUCACUUAGUUCGUAUAUUAAGAUCACUGACAUUGAAAGCUUUCUAUCAUUCUAUGUAACUAGUUGGUUGUUUGAAGAAUGGAAAACAUGUGGUUACGCA